AUGCAUCGACGGACGCUGGAAGCACGAGAGAAGGUGCUUGGACGCCAGCGUCCUCACACGCUCUCCAGUACGAAUAACCUUGGCUGGGUGCUUAGUAACCAAGGGAAAUAUGAGGACGCGGAAGCGAUGCAUCGACGAGACCUAGAAGGGUAUGAACAGGUGCUUGGUUGCGAGCAUCCCUACACGCUCAUCAGUGUCAGUAACCUUAGCAGUGUGCUCGACGGCCAAGGGAAAUACGAAGAGGCGGAAGCAAUGCAUCAGUGGCCAUCUUGGAUCAACACGCCAAUCGUAACGCAGUUUCAUAAUUCCCAGCCUGCAUCUAUAGCAUUUGGCAGCGUCUCCUAUGCGGAUCGGGGUUGUGGCGACUGUUCCGCAUCACUGGCUGGAUCUACUUUGAUGCGAAAAGGUAAGUACUGUAUCACUAUCACAAAUGUGCUUCCAACACAAGCCCUACAAGCACCCGGGUUGUCAUCAUCCGCACCUCUUGAGGAGACUAUUGCUUCUUCGGUCGACUUUCCCGCUAUUCAUAUCUUAGGCCUUCUUGAUGUUGCUGUGAGAGAAUAUAGCAGCUGGCAGCAGUCAGGUUUAGGGGAUGAGGCAUUGAAAGCCGAGGUCAGGAAGGCGUGCGAUGUAGCCCUAGAUGAUGGACUAGAUUUGGCGCAGAUUGAUCUCUACUACCGAUCAUGGCUCUAUUCUUCUUAUAUCUCGACUCCAAAGGGAAGUCUUUUCAGCUCAAUAGACUGGACUCCAAGGAUACAACGGAACUACUCUUGUAAAGUACCCAUUUAUCAGCCAGAGAUAUCGUUGACGAACUUAAGAGCAACCGAGCUACAGUCAAAUCCUGAACGCCAGUACCAGCGGGAUAAUUUACUACAAACAUGGAUGAUCUCAUACUAUAAGAUCCAGAAGCGGGACCCGCACGCGGCGAAGUUACUUCUUUUACUUGCUUACUUCGAUAAUCGAGGUAUCUGGUAUGAGUUGAUAAAAAGCAGCCACUAUAGCUCAGACGUUCCUGUUUGGCUUGAAAGGACUAUAUCAAGUGGACUCGCGUUUAGAACCGGCGUCAAGAAUCUCAUCGGCUUCUCUCUGCUUAGGAUUAAGGAACAAGUUGGAGGCUAUACGAUACACCCAGUGGUGCAAGACUGGUGCAUUCAUCAUUCAAGCACAGACACAAAUAUUGAUUCGACCCUGCUCUAUGAACUUACACUGAUAGCUGUUGGAUACAGUGUCCCUAGCCUAAGUGACAGAAAUUAUUCCGAGCUGCAAUAA